AUGGAAAGCUUCACGCGAAAGAGCCUGGUCACAAAGCGGUCCCUUAAGUACACAUAUUAUGUUUCGCCCCCAGCUGAGAUUUCGGGCAAGGUGCCAGCUUUGCUGUUCCUGCACGGCUUCCCUGACUCUUCUCAUCUAUGGUCCCGGGUCAUCAGCGCAUUGGGCAACAUACCAAAUCGGAUCAUCGUCCCUGAUUGCCUAGGCUACGCCGGCACCGACAAGCCGACCGAUACCAACCUCUACUCAUACAGCGGCCAGGCUGAAGAUAUAACAGAUAUCCUGGCUGCUGAAUCUGUUAGCAAUGCGGUCAUCAUCGGCCAUGACUGGGGCAGUGUCCUUGCACAGCGCACUUUUCUCCACCACGGGCACAUCCUGCGUGGACUCGUUCUUCUGAACGUUGGCUACAUGGUUCCCCAAAAUGAAUUGUUCGACCUUUCUGCCUUCAACUCCCAUACUCAGCAAAUUUUCGGCUACCCGCAAUUUGCCUAUUGGGAGUUUUUCUUAACGCCUAAUGCUGCUGGCAUAAUUGAGAGCCGACUAGAUCGAAUGUGGCAAGCCUUGCAUGGUGACGUUGAGGAUUGGAUGAGGAAGAUCUUCUGCGAGCCUAAUGCCAUGCAAGACUUUCUGCUGGGCACCGAGGAGGUACCUCUCAAGAAGUACGCGCAAGAAUCCGAGUGGCAAGCUCAUUUCAAGGGUCAAUUUCAGGCUGGUGGCUUUGCCUCCGCGCUACAGUCAUAUAAAGCUGUUGCGUGGAACGUCCAGCUGAAGUCGGACGCCACGAUACCCCGAGAGAAGCUCCAGAUCGAGGCGCCGUGCCUUUAUAUCUCGUGUACUCGGGACGCAGUCUGCACGCCGGAGGGUACAGAGAGGGCUGCGCGGCAGGGUCUUUUGCCUCAGCUCAAGAAAGUCGAAAUUGAGGCGGGGCAUUGGUCGCCAAUGGAGAAGCCAGCUGAAAUCGCAAAGCACAUCAGCGACUUUCUACACACCGUUUCUUUGAGCUGA